AUGAUAUUAUUUUGCUCAGGAGUUAAAAAAUUAUUCUUACUUUAUAAGGGAGAGUCUUGGUAAUUUAAUUCUAAUUUUAAUGCCUUGAGUCUAUUAUUUUGCAUACUAGAAUAAUCUUAGUUUUAUUCUCCGCCAUCAUUAUCAAUAUCAUCUAGCUCCAUAUUAUCCACUCCAUCAUCUCCAUUGUUUAAGUAAUUCCUAAAGUUUGAUUAUUUAUAUUUAGCUUCUUUUGCAGACUCAUCUGAAUUGUUUGGCUUAAUACUCUAAGGCGAUUGUGUAUUGUCAGAAUUAAGAACCUUAAGGUUAUUUGCAGAAUUAAGCUCAUACUCAGUUUGGUUAUUUGAGGUUUAGUUAAAUAAUAUUAAGUUUCUAUUCGAGUUACUGUUCUAUUAUUCAAGAAUUAAAGGUAGUACUAAUUUUUAAUUACUAAGUUACUACGUUUUAGUCAAUCCACUUAUAUUGACCAAAUUAAGUACCUAUUAUUCAUUGCUUUAUUUUUCAGAACACAAAUCUUGUUAAAAGUUUUCUUCAUCUUCAUCUUCGUUGUCGCUAUUGAACUUAAUAACUUCUUCUAUUUUUGUUUUAGAAGGUAUUUUACUUUACUUUUUAGCUUUUCCAUCUUAAUUUAUAGAAGAUUUUGAUUUAUGA